CCCUGGUAUGGAUCAAGCCUCACACGCUGCUGCCUCGCUCAGUCACUGGCAUUCCACCAUCUCAACACUAACUCUGUAUCACACUGCGAGGGGUGGAAAAGGUAGCCUCUUUUGUCUCGUAAUCUAUAUACACCUUGACGCGAUAUAGUGUUAGUAGGUACCUUGUUGCAAAAUCUAAUUACCUACUAGAGGUAGGUAUACGAGUGCAAAAGAGUGCCAAACACUCCACGAUCUUAUUAGACCUUAAGAAAAACAGUAUACUUGUUUUCUAUUUCCCAUAAGCUCAGUAUAAGACAUUGUGCAUUGCAUCUCCACUGAGUCAACAAUAUCACUUUCUAUCUGAGAAAUGAAAUGAAACGAAUAUUAUCCCUGUAUUUUUCAAUAAUACGUCUGACACGGUGCUGAGGUGUGUUCCAUGCUCAACACGAAAACCCUGUGAAGCAGUACAUUGUUUUCUGAUCUGUGCCCCACGUCACGGCUGUGUAGCCAAGUGUCCAAUUUGCACCGUCACACAACUCGCUGCCUCCUCCCGUCAGCAGCUGACUAUGUCUGCUGCUGACUCUUUCGACAAUGUACUCUCAGCUUUGGGAUUUGGACGGUGGCAGAUUCCCUCCCUCCUAGUGACUAUCCUUGCCUUGUCCCAGUUCUCAGUCCACCUGAUCGGAUCACCACUGCUCAGUGCUCCACUACCCUUCCGUUGUUCCAUGACCCAGCCUAACCUUAGCAGCAACAGCAGCUGGACGGAGGACGCGUCAUCGCUGGACUUCGACGAAGAAUGUCUCUCAUUCCCAACCAUCAGCACCACAUCUACCUUCACCAACACCACAUCUACCUCCACCAGCACCACAUCUACCUCCACCAACCUUACCAUAGCUAAUACCUCCAACAUCACCUCCCAACUACUUACCUCCAGUGAUGCUGCUUCUAGCACCAUCAGAAUCAUCACCACCACCAGUGCUUCUGCUGACAUUAUCGACACGAGUUCCGUGGGCCCCUCCUCGACCCCCGUCAACCUCACAACGAUCUGGCACACCACUGGCCUUCCAUCAUGUCCCAUAGUGCAGUAUGACACUUCCGUGUUCACCUCUACGGUCAUAUCUGAGUGGGACCUGGUAUGUGAGAGGAGCGUGCUGAGACCUCUCUUCCAAACACUCUUCACGGUGGGCGGCAUGCUUGGCAGCACCAUCGGUGGCCACCUCGGCGACAGAUUUGGUCGUCGGCGUGCUGUGCUGGCAGCGUGUGUGGUGAACCUGCUGGUGGUGGUCUCCAUGACGCUGGCUACCUUCUUCCCUCUCCUCAUUACUCUCCGCUUCUUAACAGGCUGCUCCGUCAUGGCUAUGGUCGUCCCUGCCUGGAGCCUUAGUAAGAAGCUUCUUCAAGUACUUGUCUUCAUGAACAAGAAGACUUUCUUAUGGCUAUUAACCCCAGAGGGCUUAUUUCCGCUGGGGGUGGUCAGGUCCGCUUUCCUAGAUGUGACCAACAUCCCUCAACUAACUCCUAGGGCCAUGUUUACUGCUAGGUGAACCAGAGUAGAGUAAACUAGGGCCCCUACAGUUGUGGGA